AUGCUUGGUGAUGGUGGUACGCGCAUACUUGGUGUUGGCGUGUUCGAUGACUGCGAACACACUCCCGAGUGCUUUUGCUUCGUUCUGACCUUCGUGGAGCGCGAUGAGAGUGAUCCAUUUAACUACAUUUCCGAAUCUGGAAGCUUUGGAUCUGAAAUAGCAUUUCCUCCUCGGGCCGGAAAUCAAGACAGCGAAUUUGAGAAGGGUGACGUUGGCGGCAGUGAAGGUGACAGCUCAGAAGUCCACAGUACGGACGGCAGCGACUCAGCGUAUCCGCGAGAAGACGAGCACGUGUGCGUCGAUAUGAGCGAAGUCAUAAAGUCUUCAGGAAUCUACUGGUCUUUGCUUCUUCAACCUGUUGAUGACACAUUGACAAAGUUCAGGAGAGUCGGGAUGGCUCUGAUAUGGCCACGGGGAUUGAAGGAAAUAGAUUCUGAUGUCAAGACAUUCGAGAUUGUUUGA